AUGACUCAGGAAUUAUCCCCGCUGGAGAAGUACGAGUUGAUCACGAAAGGACUACAGGAAGUUCUUAAUGGCCAGAUCAUAAAGGAUGUGUUGGAGAAGGAGGAUAGGCCAGUCAAGAUUUAUUGGGGUACCGCACCCACAGGUAAACCGCACUGUGGCUACUUUGUGCCCAUGGUCAAGUUGGCGCACUUCUUGAAGGCUGGCUGCGAAGUUACCGUUUUGCUUGCCGAUUUACAUGCGUUUUUAGACAACAUGAAGGCGCCCUUGGAGGUUGUCCAGUUUCGGGCCAAGUACUAUGAGUUGGUUGUCAAGGCUAUCUUGAAGUCGAUCAAUGUGCCAAUUGAGAGGUUGAGGUUUGUCGUUGGCUCGUCUUACCAGCAAGGCGGCGACUAUGUGAUGGAUCUCUUCAAAAUGUCCAAUGUUGUUUCGCAGAAUGACGCCAAGAGAGCGGGCGCCGAUGUUGUCAAGCAAGUGGCCAACCCGCUCUUGUCAGGGUUGAUUUACCCCUUGAUGCAAGCGAUAGACGAAGAGCACUUGCAAGUGGAUGCCCAGUUUGGCGGUGUUGAUCAGAGAAAAAUCUUUGUGUUGGCCGAGGAAAACUUGCCCAGUCUUGGUUACAAGAAACGAGGCCAUUUGAUGAAUGCCAUGGUGCCUGGUUUAGGCCAAGGCGGCAAGAUGAGCGCCUCCGAUCCAAACUCCAAGAUUGAUAUAUUGGAGGAGCCCAAGGAUGUUAAAAAGAAGAUCAACAGUGCAUACUGUGCGCCUGGCGAUGUUAGUGAUAACGGGUUGAUUGCAUUUUUGGAAUACGUGGUUCAACCAAUUGACGAGUUGAAAAGUGGCAAGGAGGACGCUUUCCAGUUGACCAUUGACAGGCCAGAGAAGUAUGGCGGGCUAAUGGAAUACACAUCCUUGAACCAGUUGAAGCAAGACUAUAAAGAAGGCAAGUUGGCACCGCCAGAUUUGAAGAGUGGAGUUGCCGACAAGAUCAAUGAGUUGUUGGCGCCCAUAAGAGAAGAGUUUGCCCAAAAUGAGCUUUUCCAGCAAGCGCAAGCCAACGGUUACCCAGCUGAAGCUCCAAAACAGGAGAAGAAGGCUAAAAAGCCAAAAAAUAAAGGCAGCAAAUACCCCGGAGGAGCCAAAGACGCCAAGGACGGCAAGGAUGCGAAAUUGGAAGCCGAUGCUGCAGCCACUGCCGCCUCGGUUGAAGACGUGGUUAAAGCCGUUGACAAUGUCGAACUAGAAGAAUAG